AUGACUGUGGUCAGAAGAUCUCACCAGGGUCAGCAUCAGCACUGCUCAGUCCAGCAAGUUGUGUGGGGUCCUGUCAGCCAGCAUCUGCCCCCAGCCUGCCUGGCCUCCCCACCUGUAGUGUGUGUUCAUCUCGUGGCCUGUGUCUCACAGCUUCUCACUCCCAUGUCUGUGUCCACAGAUGAGUUCGUGGUCGAGGGCCCCUCGGACCCUGUUGUGGCAGUGCUGGGUGCUGAUGCCACACUGCCCUGCUUCCUGUUCCCACCCAUGAGUGCAGUGACUAUGGAACAGCGGGGGUUCCGCACCGAGUUCUCGAGUGGUGCAGAAGUGGUGCUCAGCUUUUGGGACCAACAGGAGCAGAAGGAGGAGCAGAUGGCCCAGUACGCAGGGCGGGCCUCGCUGGUGAGGGACCUCCUUACCCAGGGGGAGGCUGCUGUGCGCAUCCACAAUGUCCGGGUUUCCGACAACGGGCUGUACACCUGCUCCUUUAGCAAGGGAGGCUUCUACGAGGCAGCCAACUUGGAACUGAAGGUGGCAGGGGUGGGCUCUGCCCCUCAGGUGCACAUCCGAGGGCCCGAGGAGGACGGGGUCCGCGUGGUGUGCACGGCCUCAGGGUGGUUCCCGAAGCCCCAGGUGCAGUGGAGAGACCUCAGGGGAGAGAAGCUCCUGUUGCACGUGCAGCAGGAAAGGAAGAAGCUGCCUUUGGAAAAGGAGGAGGCCCAGCAGGCGAAGGAGGAGGCUCUGAAGGCGAGCGGGGAGAGGAAAGCAGCUUACCUGGCUGCCUGGAGGAAGGCCCAGCUGUACGGGGACUGGCGGAAGGAGCAGUUCCAGGCCUUGGCUGUCACUCUGGAUCUAAGUCGUGCUCAUCCCAAACUUGCUGUCUCUCAGGACAGGACAAGUGUGACCCGGAAGGACACCUAUGUGAGCUCAGAUGAUUUCUAUGGCGUGUGGGGCCAUGAGGAGAUCACGUCCGGGCGCUGUUACUGGGAGGUGGAGAUCAGGGAUACAGACAGCUCUGAGUGGGCUCUGGGCAUCCAUGGGGAAGAUGCGAAAGAUCAGCCAAAUGGUUCUGGGUUUGCUGGAUUCUGGGUUGUGGGGAGGUCUGCAAGUAGAUAUUAUGCCAUCACUAAACCAGUAUCUCAGCUGUUCCUUAGGCAGCCUCCCCACAGGGUGGGCAUUUUCCUGGACUACAGUGAGGGGGACGUCUCCUUCUACAACAUGACUGACGGGUCCCACAUGUUCUCUUUCCCACCGGCUUCCUUCUCUGGGACUCUUUUCCCUUACUUCAUGCUUAAGUCAGGAGAUGUGUCCAUGACCAUCUGCUCCACAGUGGGUGGGCCUGAAGAGUCCUCUGUACCCCUCAGCAAUUCUUCCUCUUUGGAGCCCAUAAAACCCUCUCCCCCAGGGGAGCUCGCACCCUUGCUUGGCACAGACUCAGGGGCCCAACUGCCAUCACUCCCCUGA